AUGAAGUACGGUUUUCCGGAGGUGGCUGCCGCGAUGAGUGCUCUUUUGUCGUCCGGCAGUUUGGCAACCGGUUUGCAGAAGUUGAUUGGGUUGCCUGCCCAGUCGUCCACGAUCAGAUACAGGUGGUGGGCCGUGAUGGAUGCCACAACGUUCGGCUGCUCGCCCUGUUUGAGGUCUUUGUUUAUCUCGUGGAUUGCGUCAACAGCGGCCUUGGUAGUGCAGUGUUCAAGGACGAUCUUGAGCUUUGGGAAGUCUGCGUGCAACUUGAACAGCGCCGGCAGAAACUCUGGUUCGGCGUUGAGAACAUGGAUAUCUUUGCCGUCGCCGUUGGAGGUGGACGGUUUCUCGCCAUGGAGAUUCAAAACCAGGCCGUGUUUCUGCAUCACCUCGAAGAUCGGGUAG